UUUGGUGAGGCAAAAAGAAAAUGGCGACGUAAACAAAGAAACAAGGCUAGAUUGUUAUUAAUGAUCAAUUCAAUUUAGUACUAUUUUAAGAACAUGUCAUGCGAUGGACACUCGUCAUCUCAAAAGACGUUUACCUUCUUUGACACAUCAAAUGAUGAACGAAUAACAGUUUCGAUUCCAGAGGUACUGGAGCAGAGCUAUGGAAUGUACACGUGGCCCUGUGCUCCUGUGUUGGCACAGUAUGUGUUGACCCACAGAGAACGGAUCAGAGGAACAACAGUAUUAGAGAUAGGAGCGGGCACUGCCCUUCCUGGGAUAGUGGCAGCUAAGUGUGAUGCCCGCGUGACCCUCAGUGACAGUGCUCACCAGCCACAGUGCUUGGAUAACUGCCGGGCUUCUUGCAUGGCCAAUGGACUGUCUGAUGUACAAGUUAUUGGCCUGACCUGGGGACUGUUUGAGCAAAGCUUGUUGGACCUACCCAAGGUGGACUUCAUACUAGGCUCAGAUUGCUUCUAUGAUACCAAAGAUUUUGAAGACAUACUUGUGACUGUUGCUUUUCUUCUAAAGAAAAACAAGAAAGCUGAAUUCUGGAGUACCUAUCAACAACGAAGCUCUGAUAGAAGUAUAGAGUUUCUACUGAAGAAAUGGAGACUGACGUGUACCCAUGUGUCUCUGUCCAUGUUUGGAGCCGACGUCCCACAACUAGCUGGAUCAGACUUAACAGGCAACCACAGCAUACAGAUGCUGGUCAUCACAAGUAAUGGUCAAACAAUAUAGGAUUGACCUCUCACCAACCCUGGCAACCCUUGUACAGCUGCUGGUCAUCACAACUAAUGGUCAAGUAAUACAGGAUUGCCCACUCACCAGCCCUGGCAACCUUUGUACAGAUACUGGUCAUCACAAGUAAUGGUCAAGCAAUAUAGGAUUGACCACUCACCAGCCCUGGCAACCUUUGUACAGAUACUGGUCAUCAAAAGUAAUGGUCAAGCAAUAUAGGAUUGACCUCUCACCAGCCCUGGCAACCCUUGUACAGAUGCUGGUCAUCACAACUAAUGGUCAAGUAAUACAGGAUUGACCACUCACCAGCCCUGGCAAGCUUUGUACAGAUACUGGUCAUCACAAGAAAUGGUCAAGCAAUAUAGGAUUGACCACUUACCAGCCCUGGCAAACUUUGUACAGAUGCUGGUCGUCACAAGAAAUGGUCAAGCAAUAUAGGACUGACCACUCACUAGCUGGCAACAUUUGCACUAUGUUGGUCAUUUUAAGGGAUGGCCCUGAGAUGUGGGACUGGCCAUGCAUUUAUCAGGCAACCACAGGAUACAUAAUAUUAUGUUGGUCAUCAUGAGUGUUGGUCAAGAGUCCUAUGAGUGACCAAUUACUCUACACCAUACAAAACACUGGUCAUUAUAGAUGUAGAACUGACCAUUCACCUGGUUACUACACCAUACAAAUCAUUGGUCAUCAUAGACGUAGAACUGACCAUUCACCUGGCUACUACAAAAUACAAAACAUCGGUCAUCAUAGAGGUAGGACUGACCAUUUACCUGGCUCCCACAUAUGCUGGUCAGUGGAGAGAAACUGACAAAAUAAUAAAACAUUAAAAGCUCUUGUAAAGGAUCUAAUAAAUAUUGGUGUCAUAAAGUACUUUCCCAGCCUUGAACAUCACCAGCAUAAACAUGUUUAAUCACACGAACAAUGCAUCGUGUUUUUUGCAACAUUAUAAUAUCCCUUUAGAGAAGCUGAUGAUCUACACUGAAUACUGUUCUCAAGGGUAACAAAGCUGAGUUUAUGAGACCUUACAAUAACAACAAUAACACAAUUUACAAGUAAUUUUAUGUUUUAUUAUCGUGAUCACUUUAAAUGACAUCAUUUCCUAUUUGGAAUGGAAAAAAUAUCACUGUAUUGAAUUAAAAUACAUCAUACUGUGUAAUUCAUUGGAAUUAAAAUACCGUAAGACAUGCACAGUAUGAGCAUGAUAAAUGUUGUGAUUCCCGGGUCAAAGAAUCAUCUCAUCGUCAUUAAACUCUAUCAAAUUUAGCCUAUACUGAUUCCUUAGCCUAUACUGAUUCCUUAGCCUAUACUGAUGCCGUAAGUCCCCUGGGGGUCUUUGUCAACAUAUUUUAUUGUUCCGAGAACUAAUUACUCUCCUGGAGUUCUUACUGUAUUAAAACAUGAUCACAAAUGCAGAUCACCAUCAACCUUUGAUCCUGACAUUAUCAAAUCUGAUAUGUAAAAGACAAUGUAUCAAUGCACAGCAAAACAAAAUCUUGAAGAAAAAUUGUACAUACAAAUAUAUAUAUGAAAACCCUAUGUUCUCAUUGUCCAUUAAAUAUAUGAAAAGUUUUGAAAAAUCAGAAACACAUAGAUCUGUAAAGCAUUAGGACUAUCAUUAUCUAUUUUAUUAAUGACAUUAUAACGUGUAUCUGUGUAGCUAUGUAUACAGCAUCUAAAGAUUGAUAAUGAAAGCACAGUUGCUUUACAGAUCUAUGUGUUUCUGAUUUUUUUUUAUAAAAGAUUCAUGUACUUGUUACUUUUUUUUACAAAUAACAGAGCAACACAUUUUGUUUUGAUAAUAUUGAGACUUCUUCCAUUGGACAAUUCUCAUUACCUUUGUCAGUAGUUCAGGGACCUUACGCUUUUUCUCCCGUAACAAUCGUUACGCCCUUAUUAUUACUGACGACUACAAUCUCCAACCCAAAGCAUUGCUAUUUCAUUUUGUGUGUGGCUGACACUUACAACUCAUUUACAGCAUUAACCAAGGAAAAGACUAACAACAUGUAACCCACAUAAUACUUACCAAUAUAUUGUACCAGUAUCCAAUGGCUGAGCCGUGAGGAAACCUAUAGAUGUUAUGGGAGAUAUAAGCCUGUUUAGUUCUUUAUCAGAGGAGCUGAUGAUGACUAGGUUAAAUGUACAACAUGACUAGGUUAAAUGUACAACAUGAUAAAGGACUGAAUUUCAUUAUUUUUAUCAAUCACAUUCACUGAAUCUAAACAAAAACAAUAUUCUAUAUUUUGUCUUUGACACUUUUCUGUAGUGGUGUCAGAAAUACCUGAGAUAAUUAGCUGUUGUCCUGACACUGUCUGACCUAACAGCUACUAUGUAUAAUAUUGGGGCCAUCAAGACAAAUUGAUUAAAUAUAUCAAAGUUGCCACCACACUCUCUCUAACACCUAUUACAACAACUGUAUCACAGAAAUAUAUAUAUACACCAGAGUCUAGCUAACCCCGACACCAACUCUAUUCACUAAAGACUGUGGCAUAUCUUCUGAUACUUCGCUUCACUAGUCUAAACUGGUAAUGCAUGUUUCUUUAAUCCAGAAAAUUUGUUAUUUUGGAUUAGAUGGAGAUUAUCAAAUUACUGUUUCACUAAACCUGAUACAGAUGUCAUGCAGUAUUCUGUGAUCUUGAGUCUGUAAUAACAAAGUUUUGAGAUUUAAAGAAAGAUCCUAAUCACAAGAUACUCAAGCGUCACCAAUUAAGUGGGUUUUUAAGUUAAUUGGUCAACUAAUUUCGCUUCUAAAGGUGAAGCUUCAUCAGGACAAUUUUACAAAUUGUUAAGAUGCAACACUGAUUAGAUGUAAAUACAGUAUACUGCGAUCUUCUUAUCAAAUUGUUGAGAUGUAUCACUAAUUAGUUACACUGAUUAGUUACACUGAUUAGCUGUAAAUACAGUAUACUGUGAUCUUAUUAAUUGUUGAGAUGUAACACUGAUUAGUAACACUGAUUAGUUACACUGAUUAGCUGUAAAUACAGUAUACUGUGAUCUUAUCAAUUGUUGAGAUGUAUCACUGAUUAGCUGUAAAUACAGAAUACUGCAUCUUCUUGUAAAUUGUUGAGAUGUAACACUGAUAAGCUGUAAAUACAGAAUACUGCAUCUUCUUGUAAAUUGUUGAGAUGCAACACUGAUUAGUUACACUGAUUAGCUAUAAAUAGAAGUUGGUAAGUACUGAUGAGUAUUCAUACACCGAAUCCUUUUCUGAAAAUGUGUGGGAACAUUUUACAGGCUAA